AAAAACAAAUGUAGGAUGUCAGUGUAUAAAUACAUCAGUCCUCUAGAAAAGCACACCAUCUCCGGGCUUCGCAAUUUCAGCUUCUCGAACUUUCCGUCUCAUCUUGGACAAAGGACUCGGCCAAAUAUGAAGAUCCUUGCCUUGGCCUUUAUCAUGGCUCUCAUGUUUGCCAUGAUUGGAGCUGAUUCUUCAUCUGAAGAGAAACAUCAUUACUAUAGAGACAGAUACUAUGGAGGGGGAGGGGCUUACCCUUAUCCCUAUCAACCAUAUCCACAGCCCUAUCCAUACCCUUAUCCAUAUGGAAGAUAGUAACCACAGGACAGAUUAUAGAGGCUUGGACAGAAGUCUUCUUUGCUCUCUACUCAUGAUGAUUCUCCUUACUUAAAAAUGACUUCUCCAUCCAGCAACAUAUUAUCAGCCCACAUACAAUAAAUGCAUCCAAAGUGCUUUUGAAAGCAUAUUUUAUAAAAUAAUCAAAAAGUAGAACAUUAUUUGUAUUUUCUCAUGUAUCAGAUUGGAACUUAAAAAAAAUUUGACCCAUAAAUAAUGUUUCUGUAUACAAAUUCCAGCUGUCAAAAAGAAGUCAAUCAGAUUGUGAUAGAUGAACAACACACACCUGAGAUCAAUGAUCAAUAGUUUAACACAGUAGUAAUGACAUUCUCUUCACUAUUUGUUUUCUAUUUUUGUUCUCUGUAUUGACGUAUCUUAAAAUUUAAAAAAAAAAAUCUUUCCUGGCACAAUAAAUCGCUCUAUGAAGCAUA